GGAGGAGGAGGCCUGGGGUGUUCAGGGGCAUUGGGAGUCCCGGCGGCAGAGGUUGGGCGGCCUGCUGACUGAUUGAUUGACUUGACGAUUGACCGCUGACGAGCAGGCGGCCUGGGGCCAGGCGCUUGCAGCUGCCGGCGGCGCGGCGCGAAGAGCGGAGCCAUGGCCUCCGGAGGGUUUAACCCAUAUAUAGAGAUAAUUGAACAACCUCGGCAGAGGGGAAUGCGAUUUAGGUACAAAUGUGAAGGGCGAUCAGCAGGCAGCAUUCCUGGGGAGCACAGCACGGAUAACAACCGCACUUACCCAUCUAUCCAGAUUAUGAACUAUUAUGGAAAAGGAAAAGUGAGAAUUACGUUAGUAACAAAGAAUGAUCCAUAUAAACCUCAUCCACAUGAUUUAGUUGGAAAAGACUGCAGAGAUGGCUACUAUGAAGCAGAAUUUGGACAAGAACGUAGGCCUUUGUUUUUUCAAAAUUUGGGUAUUCGAUGUGUAAAGAAAAAAGAAGUAAAAGAAGCUAUUAUUUCAAGAAUAAGUGCAGGAAUCAAUCCUUUCAAUGUCCCUGAACAACAGCUGCUUGACAUUGAAGACUGUGACCUAAAUGUGGUGAGACUAUGUUUUCAAGUUUUCCUCCCCGAUGAACAUGGUAAUUUGACAACAACUCUUCCUCCUGUUGUCUCUAACCCAAUUUAUGACAACCGUGCCCCAAAUACUGCAGAAUUAAGGAUUUGUCGUGUAAACAAGAACUGUGGAAGUGUCAGGGGAGGAGAUGAAAUAUUUCUACUCUGUGACAAAGUUCAGAAAGAUGAUAUAGAAGUUCGUUUUGUGUUGAAUGAUUGGGAAGCAAAAGGUAUCUUUUCACAAGCUGAUGUACACCGUCAAGUAGCCAUUGUUUUCAAGACUCCUCCAUAUUGCAAAGCUAUAUCAGAGCCAGUAACUGUAAAAAUGCAGCUGCGGAGACCUUCUGACCAGGAAGUUAGUGAAUCUAUGGAUUUUAGAUAUCUGCCAGAUGAAAAAGAUGCUUAUGGCAAUAAAUCAAAGAAGCAAAAAACAACUCUACUUUUCCAGAAACUGUGGCAGGAUUGUGCUAAUUUUCCUGAGAGACCAAGACCUGGUCCCCUAGGUUCAAUUGGAGAAGGAAGAUUCAUCAAAAAAGAAUCAAACUUGUUUUCUCAGUGUGCAGUUUUGCCAGAAAUGCCCAGGAUUUCAGAACCCUACUAUUCUCCAUCUGUGUCCAUCUCAAGUGGCUUGCCCCAUCACAAUCCAGCCAUUCCCUCAGUGGUACCUCAUCAGUCUUCUUCAAGCUGGUCACCAAUGGCUCACCCCACCUCACACUCAGUGAAUACAAAUCCACUGAAUAAUUUUUCAGCAGGGACACUUUCCACUAAUUCACAAAGUAUUCCAUCAUUCUUGGAAAUGCCCAGUGUGAGUGACUUAAAUGCUUCUAAUGCUUGCAUUUAUAAUAAUACCGAUGACAUAGGCAGAAUGGAAACAUCAUCCAUGUCAUCAGCGGACUUAUAUGGUAUUUCUGACACCAACAUGCUGUCUAAUUGCUCUGUGAAUAUGAUGACAACCAGCAGUGAUAGCAUGGGAGAGACCGAUAACACAAGACUUGUGAGCAUGAAUCUUGAAAAUCCCUCAUGUAAUUCAGUCUUAGAUCCAAGAGACUUGAGACCACUCCAUCAAAUGUCUUCUUCCAGUAUGUCAGCAAGCACCAGUUCCAGUACUGCUGUUUUUGUUUCACAAUCAGAUGCAUUUGAGCGAUCUGACUUCAGUUGUACAGAUAACAGCCUGAUAAAUGAACCAGGACCAUCAAAUGAUCCUAAUCCAAGCAGUCAUAAUUUUAUUCAAAGUAGUCAGUAUGCAAGUAUUGGCUCUAUGCAAAGUGAGCAAUUGAGUGACUCCUUUGCAUAUGAUUUUUUUUAAGUAUAACUUGCAGAAUUUUAAUACUUUUAAAUGUUCACAAUCAUUUUGAUAUUACCUAUGCAGCAUUUUGUAGUUUUAUUUUUUGGGGGUGUAGGGGUGGAAUUGUGGUUUGAACUCAGACUUCAUGCUUGCAAAGUGGGCACUCUACCCUAUGCAGCAUUUUGUAUUUGCCUAAUCAAGAAAAAUUGCUAAAGCAAAACUGGCUGGGAGUUUGGUGGUAGAGCACCUGCCUUGUGAGCUUGAAGUCCUGGGUUCAAGCCUCAGUACCACCAAAACAAACAAACAAAACCAAAAAAGCCAACCAGAAAUAGAAACGUAAGAAGGCUUUACUGUUUCUUCUUUUGAAAGCUCUGACCUGAUAACUAUGUGUGGUGUGAAUUCUGCCUUCAGAGCUCUACCACGGUUUCCUAGGACAGACUCUGAGGAGAAUGUUAAAGCUAGGCUCUGUUUUGCUACUUGGUUUUUUAUAUUUCUUUUAUAAUAUAUUAAUGUAUUCUUAAAUGAAUUAAUUGAUAUUUGCUUUCAAGCAAAUUUAAAGUAAAACCUAUAAUGGCUAUGCCAUUGGAAAAAUUAAUUCCUUAUUUCUGAGGCCCAUAGGCCAAUGUAACCCCUAAGGGGUUUUCUGAGGCCUACUGGUGUUUCUUACAUUUAUAUGUAAAUUAAUACUUCUUUAAAAUGUUGAGUUGGGCUGAAGGCAGUUGAAGUGAGCUUUCAAGGUAUGGGAGGUUUUCUACAUUUUAUACUAUUUAAACUGAUAUCUUUAAAGUUGCUUAUUAUUUUAGCUUUAUAUACCCAUAUUUGCAACAGGAAUACAUUUCCUUGGACCUCUACUUUCUUAGAUGUCCUCACUCCCUCUAAAAUCUUACAAAACUGCCUAUUUGACACCUCUAUCAAAAAAUCUCAUUAGAGCUCAAACUCAACAUAAUCCAAAUCCAAGUUUCAAUCUCCACUCCUACCCCCUUCAACCUGCCUUCAACUCUUCCUUCAGUCUUCCCCAACUCAGUAAAUGGCAAUGCCAUGCUUCUAGUUGCUCAGGCCAAACUCUUGAUUCUUUUUCCUUUAUCUCCCACAUCCAACCCAUCAGCAAAUCUAAUAGGCCCUGCCUCCACAGUAUAUCCAAAGCAGACCACCUCUUUUGAUCUCUGUUGUUAGCACUCUAUUCCCAGCCACCCUCAUCUUUUUCUAGGAUUGGAGCUAUAGCCUCCUUCCAAAAACCUUCCUUAUAAUUCUUAUAUUCCCUAUAGUCUAUUCCUAAUAAAGAGCCAGAGUAAUUGUUUUGAAAAAAAGUCAAAUUCUGUUCCUCUGUUCAGAACCAUCCAGUGAUACCACAUCUCACUCAGAGUAAAGGCUGUAGUCUUUAAACUUAGUAGGCCCAUGUGGCCUAGAAUCCCUAUCCUACUUCAUGUACUACCAUUUCCUUCCUUUUUAUGCAGCUCCAAGCACUCUGGCCUCAGUGUUCCUCUUCAAAGCACCAAGUACAGUCCUGCCUCAGAGCCUUUGUUCUCAGUAUUCUCUCUGACUUAACUGUUCUUUUUCCAGAUAUUCACGUAGUUCUCUGACACUCUUUAGGUCUCACUCAGCUGUUACCUGAUUGAGACUUACCUUGACUAACCAUCGCUAUUCCCUUCUCUGUAGGUCCAUAGCACUUAAUCAUAAUCUGACUUUACUAAAUAAGCACAUGUUUGUUUUCUUUAUGGGAAUAUAAGCUCCUUGAGGACAGAAAGUUUUUUUCUGUUUUGUUCACUGUUGAAUUCUCUAGUUUGUAAAGUAGCGUCUGCCUCAUAUUAAACACUCAGUAAAUAUUUAUUGAACAAAGUUGAUGGAACUUUUGUUUUUUGAAAGAAAGAAUAGGUUUAAUUACUGGAUGUUUAUGAUUUUUCAUUUUGUUUAAUGUGAUUUUUUUAUUAGAAUCAUCUGCAUUCAAGUCCAGUAUUAAUAAUGGUAAUCCAAAUUGUUUGGAAGCAAAAUAAUCACAGUAGCAAAGUGUGGCAGAAUUUGGGCAGUAACCUUAAUUGUGAUGGAAUAGUGAUGUUAAGUAACUAACGUAUUAAAGAUCUAGUUUAGUUUAUGACUAGAACCUAUUCUAAAUGUUGAACAUAUUCUUAGCUAGACAAUGAAUUAUUUCACUUACGAGAAGUCCAUCCAAACCAUAAAUUUUUCUAGUUAAAAUAGGGUGUGUGAAUGCCAUAUAAAUAGAAGUUGCCAGUUGAUUCAGGAAGCAGAGAUAGAAGAUCACAGUUUGAGACCAGUCCAGGCAAAAUGUAGUGAGACCCUAUCUUAAAACAAGCCAGUGUGGUAGCACAUGACUCUUAAUUCCAGCUACUUGGGAGGUAGAGGAAGGAGGAUUGUGGUCUGAGGCCAGCUGCAGCAAAAGUGUGAUAC